GCGAGAAUCACCGCUUAACAGUUAUUCAGCUCAACUCGACCGCACGGUACCACGCAUACUUGACCAUCUCCUCGCCACCCCUCUCAUCGGCGUCACAACCCUCCUACCAGAGCUUUUCCGCCAGCGCUUGCGCCCACCCCUUCUAGAGCGAAGGCUGCCCUAGUGCAAGAAUGGUAUUCUUACGAGACGUUUCCGAUCGUUUCUGGAGCUAUGUCUCGCCGCGCAAGACUCAGCAGCGUCGGGAGAAACCAUUUAAGGUCCCGGCUCUCCCACAACCAGUCAAAACGCCUCAUGCUAUCAAGAAGGAAGAGCGACGCACCGAGUCAAUGAGCCCUACCACACGAGUAAAGAGUUGGCAUGUCAAAACUCCUGGCUCAAGCGCUUCCACGGAUGAGGCAGACCGACUGCCCUCGCCAACUUCCCUAGAACGACCGUAUACCGAUUUCGAGGGCGACACCCUCAUCGAUGACAUGGUCGAGGCGAUUGACGACCAAGAAGCCUUCGACGCCAAUGAGGAGACAUUUGUCGUUGAUGAGGCAAAAUAUAUGGAUGAGCAGAAAGCUUAUGACGCGGAUACUGAGCGGCAGAGGCGUGAUAAGCAGGGCCGGGAGCUCCGUGCCGUGGGGUGGACAGAGGAUGCAGUCUUUCUCUUCCAAAAGCUGGGUAUGCGGGGCUUCGAGCCACUCAUGCCAAAGGAAUGGAUGAACGAUUUCAUUAUGCUGCCGACGAAUCUGUUCACUCCUAACAUGGACAAGGCGUUCAUCAAGCCAACAUUCGGUCGCGACUAUCAUGCCCAAAAGGCACUAAAAGAACUCUUCGAGCUAGGAGGCCGUGCCCGUGACGCUAUCCUGCAGAAGGUAGAGAUCCGCACAGCAGAGGAUCACCUCCGCCGAGCCGUCCGCAAGUACAACAAGUGGGCCGUGAAAGAUGGAGGGCUCGAAAAUAUAUGGCACAGCCUCUCCCUUUUCGACAUCGUCAGCCUCAGCAAAGACACUUCUCCCGCUAUUCUACAGGAGAAAAUGCUACACAAGCUCGCAAAGCUUGCAGCCCUUUGGCGAGAUGCGUUUCGUGCCCGUUCCACGCAGCCAGCUAGCGAGUCCGAGGACUUAGAAACUAAUUGCCGCGAUAGUCAGGAUCUACCCACUCUGUAUGGAAUCAUUGCCUCGCACACUAUUAUGGCAAUUGUCAGCUACGACGCCAUGGCCGCUAAUCCUUCUCUUCGGACAGUCGCCAUCUUUGACUUCGGCCAAGAAGACUACGACGUCUGGAAUAGUCUCGCAAUCGCCAUUAUGGUUAUCCAUUGCCGCAAUCGGAUGAGGGAGCUUCAAGAGUUUCUGCCAGAGCCGGAGGCGAAGGCCGAGAGCGAUCCCGACGUGUAGGCUCUUACAGCUACUCUAAAUCCAUUCUGCAGGACUGCUCGGAAGGGAGAGAGUAAUUUUGAAAAGGAAAUGUUGCAUGAAUAACGAUUUCUAAGUGUCGGCGUUACGGUUUCUUUCCGAUAUACCCUGGUGUGGUUUUGAAGUAGGCGGUAGCGACGAUUUUGGAGUGCAUCUUGGGGCGUGAGGUCAACAGACUUCCUGACGUUUCGUUGGCUGCUAGGCUCGUUAGGGAAGGGAGAUUCGGCAGUCGCGUCUCAGGCCAGUCAUCUCAUCGUUUGCUGUAUUGACGUUG